AAACCAACGUUCAACGGAGUAGGUGUGUUUGGCAUUUAGGUGUACUCAAUAACUAAAUUGAAUUGAAUACCGACCUAAAAAUCACAUAUCGGGAUUUCUUGUUUUGCAAUUUGAUUUUUCAUCUCUCUAUUGAAUCAACAUGGAAGUGGAAUCAAGAUCAACCACGAGAAAAGUUAUAAUUGAUGUUAUAUGCUUAGCCUGUGUUGGAUUCCCAUUGCUGUUUUUCUACUUGUUUGGUUCACCUUAUCAAAGAGGUCUAUUUUGUAAUGAUGAGUCAAUACGAUAUCCAUUUAAAGACUCAACAGUGACAAGUUUUAUGCUCUAUUUUAUUGGCCUUGUUCUACCGAUUUGUUUGUUUCUGGUUGUUGAAUGGAUACACUAUCGGAGUGGGGAGAGUCAUGCCAACAGAAAAGUAACAUUCAACGGCCGGAAUGUACACCCGUGGGUCUGGAGAUGUUACUGCGUAAUCGGAGUAUUCGGUUUCGGUGCAGCGUGCAGUCAGCUGCUCACGGACAUCGCCAAGUACACCAUCGGUCGGCUGCGACCGCACUUCUGGUCUGUCUGUCAGCCUUCCAUUGACUGCUCACUGCCCCAGUACCAGAACACGUACAUCAUUGACUUCACCUGCAAAGGGGACAACGCUAGACUGAUAAGAGAGGGCAGGUUAUCAUUCUUAUCAGGACAUUCCUCUUUCUCUGCCUACACCAUGGUCUUUCUUGUUCUCUACCUCCAAUGCAGAGUGUACUGGAGAGGGUCUCACCUGAUUCGACACUUUGCUCAGUUCAUCUGUAUCUCGAUGGCGUGGUUCACAGCGUUGUCCCGAGUGUCGGACUACAAACACCAUUGGAGUGAUGUGCUCGCUGGCUCCCUACUCGGCACCACCGUGGCGAUAGUUGUGACGGUGUUCAUUGCUCGGAACUACGCGCAAUCGCCUACCGAAUCGUUGACAAGACUUCUCGAUCCAUCAUUGUCAACGGAACAUCGAAUCAAGUAUAUAUAGACUGAUUGAGUGAAGACCGUGAAAGCUGUGAUAGUCAAAUUGUGUUUAUUUAAGUAGUAGUGUAUAUAUUGUAGGGCUUUAGUAUUUGCUUUUAAAAUUAAUACAUCUAGACAUUCCAUCCCUAUGUUAAAGUUGUCACCAGGAUUAAAUUGAAAUGGUCGUAGUUGAUGUGAGCCACAGACAGAUUUAUGUGCUAUUUACUGUUUUUAUAAGUAAAUUGAAUGGCCUAUUGGCUAUGUAUGUGCAAAAUAGGAAAAGAAAAACCCCUCACACUGUCCAUUAUUUGUUAAUAUCUUAUAAAAUAAAUGUUCAUUGUAUUUUUAAGUCUACCUGAAGCUAUUUGAAAUAUAUUAUUUUUUUAGGUUAUGACUUAUGGUUUGAUUAUUUCCUUUAGGAUCAAAACAUUUAGUUUCAAAAAGUUGUUUUAGAUUUACUCCUGUUAUGUAUGUUAAUUUUUUGCACUCUCUAAUGUCGUUUACUAUUUAAGUAUCUGUUAUAGUUCUUCAGAGAUUUUUUUCUCUUUUGUUAAUUAUAACUUUCAGAUUUUAGAUAU